CUCCUCUCCUCCUCCUCUGCAAAGUGCCAAAGUCUCUCUCUCCUCUUCUUCUUCUUACCUUCCACGCAGGUUUCUAAUCUGCAAAAUUCACCAUCAAUGUCUUCUUCUUCUUCUCCCUCGUCUCUCCUCUUACCAAACAUCAACUUCCACUCCACAACCACUCGCUCCGUCUCAAUCCCCGGAAUCUUCUUACCGAGAAACCGCUUGAGAUACAGUCACAACCUCCCGCUUCGAAUCAGAGCUUCUAAAGACGAUAAUGUCGCAGUGGAAGACCGUGAAAACGCAGUGAUCAACGGAAACGGAAGUGCCCGUUUAAACAGCAACGGAGCUGCGAGAACAUCCAUCAACGGAAACGCCCGUUUUAACGGUAACGGUAGUUUGGUGAAGUAUGUGAACGGAGACGUAACGGUUGAAACGGAGGAAGUUACAAAGAAGAGGAAAGAAGAAGUGAGGCAGAAGAGAGUAGAAGAUAUUGGUCAAGAGGAUGCUUGGUUUAAGACAUCUCAACAACAACGAAAACAACAAGUUGAGGUUUCUGUUGCACCUGGUGGUCGAUGGAGUAGGUUCAAGACUUACUCAACGAUACAAAGAUCUUUGGAGAUUUGGGGUUUUGUCUUAAUGUUUGUUUUCAGGACAUGGUUAAGCGGUCAGAAGUUUUCAUACAAAGGGGGAAUGACUGAGGAGAAGAAGGUUUUGAGAAGGAAGGUUUUAGCUAAGUGGUUGAAGGAGAAUAUAUUGAGAUUAGGUCCUACUUUUAUUAAAAUUGGGCAACAGUUUUCUACCAGAGUUGACAUUCUUCCUCAAGAAUAUGUUGAUCAAUUAUCAGAACUUCAGGAUCAAGUUCCUCCGUUCUCUUCUGCUACGGCUUUAUCUAUUGUUGAAGAGGAGCUUGGAGCUUCUGUUGAUGAUGUAUUCGACCGUUUUGAUUAUGAACCUAUUGCUGCAGCUAGUCUUGGCCAAGUUCACCGUGCUAGAUUGAAGGGUCAAGAGGUUGUUAUUAAAGUACAGAGACCUGGUCUCAAGGAUCUCUUUGAUAUUGAUCUUAAAAACUUGAGGGUGAUUGCUGAGUAUCUCCAAAAGGUGGAUCCAAAAUCAGAUGGUGCAAAGAGAGAUUGGGUUGCAAUUUAUGAUGAAUGUGCUAGUGUACUGUACCAGGAAAUUGAUUACACAAAGGAGGCAGCUAACUCGGAAUUGUUUGCUAAUAACUUCAAAGACUUAGAGUACGUAAAAGUUCCAUCCAUCUACUGGGAGUACACCACACCUCAGGUCCUGACAAUGGAGUAUGUCCCUGGGAUUAAAAUUAACAAAAUACAAGCCUUAGAUCAGUUAGGUGUUGAUCGAAAAAGGCUAGGGAGAUAUGCUGUUGAAUCUUACUUGGAGCAAAUUUUGUCUCAUGGAUUCUUUCAUGCCGACCCUCAUCCUGGGAACAUUGCGGUUGAUGAUGUCAACGGUGGGCGGCUUAUAUUUUACGACUUUGGAAUGAUGGGAAGUAUCAGCCCAAAUAUUAGAGAAGGUUUAUUGGAAGCAUUCUACGGUGUUUAUGAGAAGGACCCUGAUAAGGUCAUUCAAGCAAUGGUUCAAAUGGGUGUGCUUGUACCUACUGGAGAUUUGACAUCGAUCAGAAGAACAGCACUGUUUUUUCUCAACAGUUUCGAAGAGCGGCUUGCUGCACAAAGAAAGGAAAAAGAAGAACUAGCAGCAGCAGAACAGCUUGGGUUCAAGAAGCCACUAAGCAAAGAGGAGAAGCAAGAGAAAAAGAAGCAGCGUUUGGCUGCAAUCGGAGAAGACUUAUUGGCCAUUGCAGCUGAUCAACCUUUCCGGUUCCCUGCCACAUUCACAUUUGUUGUUAGAGCCUUUUCAGUGUUGGAUGGCAUCGGCAAAGGUCUUGACCCACGGUUUGAUAUAACGGAGAUUGCAAAACCAUAUGCUUUGGAAUUGCUGCGGUUCCGGGAAGCUGGAGUAGAAGUUGUAGUGAAGGACCUGAGAACGAGAUGGGACAGGCAAUCACAAGCAUUCUACAAUCUAUUUAGGCAAGCUGAUAGAGUUGAAAAGCUAGCUGUGAUCAUCCAACGACUUGAACAAGGUGAUUUGAAGCUUAGAGUCCGAACACUGGAGUCUGAGAGAGCAUUUCAACGGGUAGCAACUGUUCAGAAAACAAUAGGAAGUGCUGUUGCUGCAGGAAGUUUAGUGAAUCUCGCAACGAUUUUGUAUCUGAAUUCUUUAAAAGUAAGUUGUUACUCAUCAACCUUUUUUAACCUCGUCGCUCCUCAGUUUCAUCAACAUUCUCUUGUUCCUUUUUAUGUUUGUCAGACACCAGCGAAUAUAGCAUACACAUUCUGUGCUUUCUUCAGCCUCCAAGUUCUAAUCGGAGUUAUAAAAGUCAAGAAGUUCGACCAACGUGAAAAACUGAUCACUGGAACAGCUUAAAAAGAAAACAUGUUUGAUGUAUUUAAAACUUCUUCUUCAGUCUCCAUAAAACCUCCUUUUUGGUGCUUUAGAAGCACAAAGAUUUCUCCCAUAAAGCUUGAUAGUAUCCUUUGGUUGUCUCCCCAAAUAAAAAAAAUUCUGUAUGGAAGCUUUUAAGAGACAACAGAGGAGACUCUUGGCAUUUUUUUUAUCAACAGAGCCACUUGUAAUGGUGUGUAGAGAUGUAGUAGACAUUAUAUUAGGUAAACUCUUUUCUCCUAAAAAUACACUUAUAUGUAUAUAUAAAGACUUCUUGUUGCCUCCCUGCCUCUGUAUCUGUUGCGUUUCUCCGUAGUACCUAUACAAACGUGG